AUUUUCGCGUCCUACAUGACCAUGGUGAUAGAGUAUGUGAAGCCCUCCGAACUUAAGAAGAACAUGAACGAGACCUUCCAGGAGAAGUUCCCGCACAUCAGGCUGACGCUGAGCAAAAUCAGGAGUUUAAAACAAGAGGUGCGAAACCUGUUUGAGGAGUGCGGCCUGGAGCCCGUGAUGGUGUCCAUGGCCUACAUGUACUGUGAGAAGCUGGUCGUACAGGGCAAGCUCAACAAGCAGACCCACAAGCUGUGUGCGGGCACCUGCAUGCUGCUGGCCGCCAAGAUCAGCAGUAACCUGUGCAGGAACGACGUGAAGCAGCUCAUCAGCAAGUUAGAAGAGAGGUUUCAAUUCAACAGACGGGACCUCAUCAGGUUUGAGUUCACUGUGCUCGUGGCCUUGGAACUUGCUCUGUACCUUCCCAAGAGCCAGUGUUGCCUCAUUACUGAUGCCUCACGCAGCAGUUAUAGCCUGGCCCACCUGCCCCUGCACCCUGGUGCCCCGGCACCCCGGCGCUGCGGCACGCAUGUGGGCCCAGGGUGACUCCAGGCCCUGCGGUGAGGGUGCGCUGGCCUUCCUGGCUGGUGCUGCUCCUCCUUCCCACCCUUGCUUGCUAGGGGGAUUCUGCUUUCAUUCCAAAGCACACCACUCCACCACAGUAUCUCUGAGAAUCUUCCUGCAUUCUCCCAGAACUAAAUGUGGGGUAUGUUACUGUUUCUUUUCUUCCUGUGCCUGAGACUGGUCUGGCACCAGGAAUUUGAUUUGCGAUGCACGGUGGUGAAUCCUGACUUUGAAGCAUCUUUUUCCUUCUUGGCAUCACCUGGCCUUCUGCAGACUGUUGUAGCCACUUCACUAGCAUCUCAGUGGUGAUCUGGGUGUCCAGAUCUUCCUCAAUACACUGAAUUGCUGAGUUAACCUGUUGAAGCAUCAAUCUUGGCUAGUUCUGGUCGGUGUGGAAACUGCACUGUGGAACACACCCACCCCAGCCCUGCCCCAUUAGCCUGACUACCUCCCAGCCCAGCCCCUGGGGCUUGUCCGCCCACCUCCCUGCAUCCCACAGACAGAGCUCUGGCAUCCACCUCGGCCAGCGAGAGCAGGCUGUGGUUUGUCUUGAUCUCAUCUU